AUGAUAACGCGGACCGACUAUAAUCUGACGAAGCAGCUGCACAAAAGCUGGAAGGAAACAAUAGCAAGCAUCGACAGGCUCAAGUCUGCAGUAGACAGCAUCGACGAAACCAACGAGGAGAACCAGUAUUUGAUUCUGGGUUACAUAUACGAGCAGUUCUCAAAGGCUCAAGAAAAUUCAGAUGGGCAUAUAGCCUUAGAGCCUGUUAUGACUCUGAAAGAUGGUACACAAACCAAUCGUCAAUUCUUCUCUCGUUGUAUACGGAGAGAUUACAUUCCAGGCAUGGCAGAUACCGAGCACAUCCUGAUCGCCCUGAAUUGUUAUUGUACAAAGCUGGGCACUUUCCAGAAUAAUGUGGAUUUACAGACACGAAUUCAACCGUUUCUCUGGCGUCAUCACCAGAUUUUUGUCGACAGUGCUGGCUCCGGGAAGACUCGUCUUAUGAUGGAAACAUUCUGUCAAUCCUGGGGCUUCUAUCUUUCAUGUCGACCACCCUUCGCACACAAUCAUGACCUAUCGACGUCUUUAUACACGGCGGUCCUUCUCGCCCGUCUAACCAUCUUCUGCCGAUUUCUGCGACAUGUUCCGCGGGAUCAGAUAUCAAACAACGUUUAUAAAACACGGUGGACUGCUCUCCAAGUUCAGCCAUGCUUGAUCAGAAACUACUUCGGUGACAUAUUUGUUAGCCUGCUCUCACAUUUUCGCAAUCUUGACCAAAGUGCCCUUGAAGAGGAAUGUAGCUCGACAUCUAUCUGCAUCGCUGAACUGCUUGAGUCGGAAGGCAACCAUCUGUCGAUCGUGAUCGAUGAGGCUCAAAUCGCUGCCGAGCUCCUUCCUUCUGCGUUUCUAUCUUUAUCUUCCACCACUACCGUUCAUAGGCCGCUCCUUCGACAGAUUGUCGAAUGUUGGUGCCGUGCUCUGGGCAACUUAUGUCCCGGCCUUUCCUACAAUUUCAUUAUUACUGGCUCAGCCUUAUCAUCGAAGGAGAUUCAGGCCGCCGUGGCAUCGAGUCUACGAAAGGGCAUUUCAUUCUUAGAACAGGAUGACAUGUCCAUUGCGGUGUUACUGGAGAGAAUCUGGAUGUGGCCACGUGGUCGGCAUCGGUUUACUUCGAGCCUCCUGUCCGUCCUUCUCCGCCAAGGCUUUCAGAAUCCCUUGGUUGUCUUCAACGCAUUUGUUGAGCACGUCGCAGGAUUCACGCCGACCAAUUUCGCCCUCCAUCCCAAACAACAAUUUGAUCAGCUCGAAGAAGAAAUGAAAACAGAACUUCGAGAUGUUGCGUACAAGUACUUUGUGGGUGGGACUCUAAUACCUUUCCUCAAGGAGAGCACUGCGAGAUUUCUUGAACUCGGCAUUGCGCACUUGCUUCCGAGCUCGCGACAUGCUCAUCUCGUGGCACUGCGUGACUUUCCCGGAACUCCUCUCGAAGAGCGACGAUAUCCAAUAAAGGGUACUUGGAAUGUAUCUGGGCUGAACCAUCGUUAUUUGCCGGAAUCUAAUAGCAAAAUACGGGAACUGACCAAUAACUAUUUUGGUUUUGUAAUUCAUAACAGACCAGACGACCAUAUUGGAAUAUUCUACCCAGAGACGGCGAUGGGACCUAGCAUGCUCUUUCUGGUGGAACUCGACGAUGAUUUGCCCGACACCUGGAUAACCGUUGAAGUCAUGAUCGGCCAAGCGAGCAGGCUCAAUCGUUUCCAGAUAAAACAGUGUGUGGACGCCGUUACUCCCAAACACCUCUUUAAGAAGUACUCUGAUUGUUAUGGACACGGACACCGAUCAGUUCUAUUGAGGGGAAUGAUUGAAGGAAUUCCAGAGCCUAACAUGUGGACGGAAUAUUCUUCGUGUGCUUGCAGGAUUUCCGGAACCGUUUGA